GGGGGACCAGAAAUGUGAGCCAAGAUGGAGUCACGCAUCGGCUCCAACAAGGAACAAUUGUAGCCAAUGAGAGACUCAGAAAUGGAAUGAAACUAAAGAUAAGAUGGGAAACAGUAAAUCGAGUGCCUCGAAUGUACUAAACAAAACGUCUCAUGAUGUGAUCGUCAUUCAGUCACCUUUGGAACUUGCUAGCAAUGUUGUUGACCCCAUUCCUGCAACUUUGCCUUCAACAACACCACCUGAAGCCAGCUGUGGAGACCAUGAGGUGCCCAAGUCGUCUUUGAUAAAUGCAGAAGGAUUCAAAAGCAUAUUGGGGAUUGGACCAUUAAUUGAAAUUGCAGAAACAGGCAAAGCUCCCACAGAACCAGAAAAAGUCCCUGCAGAACAAGACACAACUCCCACAGAACCAGCUGAAGUUCCCACAGAUUCAGCCAAAAUCCCCACAGCACCAAGUAAUGUUCCUGCACAACUUGAUAGAAUUUUCACAGAACAAGAAAUAAUUCCUGGAGAACUACACAUAGUUCCAUCAGAACAAGACAAAGUCCCCACAGCUUCAGUCAAUGUCCCAGUUGAACUAAAGAAAAUCCCCAAAGAACAUGACAAUAUCUCUGCAGAACCAGACAAAAUCCCCGCAGAACCAGACAAAAUCCCCGCAGAACCAGACAAAAUCCCCGCAGAACCAGAUAAAGUCCCCACAGAACCAGACAACAUCCCUGCAGAGCCAGAUAAAAUCCCUGCAGAGUCAGACAAAAUCCCUGCAGAAGCAGACAAAAUCCCUGCAGAAGCAGACAAAAUCCCUGCACAGCCAGGCAAAGUCGCCACAGAACCAGACAAGGUCUCCUCAGAACCAGACAAAAUUCCUUCACAACUAGACACGAUCCCAGCAGAAGCAGACAAAAUCCCCACAGAACCAGAUGAAGUCCCCACAAAACUCGACAAAGUCUCCAUAGAAACAAACAAAGUUCCUUCACGACUAGACACAAUCUCCGCAGAACCGGAUAAGGUUCCUGCAGAAAGAGUCAAAAGCCCCAAUGAAAAAGACAAAAUCCCUGCAGCAACAUUCACAAUCCCUGCAGAACCAGGCAAGAUUUCUGCAGAGCCAGAAAAAGUCCCUGUAAUACCGGACAAAAUCCCUGCAGCACCAGAUAAAGUCCCUGCAGGAGCAGACAAAGUCCCCACAGCAACAGACAAAGUCCCCACAGCAACAGACCAGACGUCCGCAGUAGGGGACAAAAUCCCUGCAGCACCAGGGAAAGUCACCGCAGCACCAGAUAAAGUCCCUGCAGAAGCAGACAAAGUCCCCACAGCAACAGACAAAGUCCCCACAGCAACAGACAAAGUCCCCACAGCAACAGACCAGACGUCUGCAGUAGAGGACAAAGCCCCUGCAGCAACAGGCAAAGCCCCUGCAGCAAAAGUCAAAGCCCCUGCAUCAACAGGCAAAGUGUCCACAGCAACAGGCAGAGUUGCUGCAGCACUCAUCAAAAUCCCUGCUGCAAUAGGCAGAGUCCCUGCAGCAACAAGCAAAGUGCCUGCAGCAGCAGGUAAAGUCCAUGCAGAUCCUGACAAAGCCCGUGCAGCUACAGGCGAAAUCCCCACAGAGCAAGACCAUGUUCCCACUGAAGCAGCUAAAGAUUCAGCCAAGCAGAACCAGGCCCCCUCCAACAAACCUUUGGAGGCUGAAUCAAAAACAGUGAGUACAAAAACAGCUCCCUCAAUUUCAAAUGUUACCAACCAAAGCUCAGUCACUCAAAUGCCAUCUAAAAGUACCCUGAGCUGGGAGUCAACCAUGCGUUCCUCCAUCACAGCUGCAGGGACAAUGUCAAGCAAGUCAUCAAACAUAGAACCUGCAAUCUCAGCACCAAGCCUGCUGACUGCAAGCAAAAUCUUGACUUCACAAAAAACAGUGGAUAUUAAACAGACACUUGCAUGGGUCCCUGAGAGAGGAGGACCACCCCCUCCAGGGGCAGGAAAAGGUUUGGCAAUUUCCCAAUCUGCUCCCCUUCUGUCAGGCCCUGAGCAUCAACCCAGUGCCGAGCAGUUGGACCAGACCCUAUACGACAUCCUGUUCCACACUCCAUUGGCUGUGCCGGAUGGGAUGCUGGUGAAUGUUCCCGAGGAAGAUUUUGAGUACUGGGGGGUGCUCCACUUCCAUGGGCUGGAGGCAGCCCGAGACCUGAUCAGGAAACGGAAGGAUGAUGAAGAAAAGAAACGAAAGAAGGCAAGGCCAGUUUUAUACCGACCCUGAGAGUGAACAUUUCCCAGCUUUAAAGAGCACCUCUUACACUGUGGGUUCACAUGCAAGGACAAACACAGUGUCUUAAAUAGCUGGGUGGGUGUCUGAACCCCAGGAUAUUGACCAUUUCCCAGGAGUCCUUUGCAAGUGCCCUGUAGGAUUCCUGGGCUUAGUCUUUAUAUUAUGACAAUGGAUCAUGUCUCUCCCUCUCCCUCCAAAUUUGCAAUGGGCAGCCUUGAGUCAUCUACAUUAAAGUGUACAAAAGGAUUGAUGUAUAACAUAUGUAGCUUCUGUCUCAGGAUUUUCCCAGGCUUAAAAGUCGCCAUGUCCUUGCAAUGUUUGUCCACAAGUGGUUUGUAUGUGUCUGUGGUGCUAUCUUUUAUUUUGAAAUAAACAAUAAA